AUGACCGAAGAGCCCGUGCGGAAGGACAGCGAGAUCAGACACUCCAACUCCAGCAUGGGCUGCGGACACAAGGAUGACAAAGCCAGCCUGGCUUCGAGCCAGAUAGCGUCUUUCAGCCACCAGCCUCAUCAGCCCCCCUCCACUCCUGCCUCCAAGGAAGUGUGGAAAAAGGGCGGCCGCAUGUUCUCCAUCCUGCUGGCUGUGCACUUAGCCUUACUGGCCUGCACGCUGGUGAGCAGCGGGGCUUUUGAGAAGAUUGCUGUGCACGAUUAUGAUGUCUUCUUCCUUCUGACUGUCAUGAUGCUGAUAGUCAUCAUAUGGAUCAUCUUCUACCUCGUCGGCACCUCCCGGUGCCCAGAUGCCAUCCUCUGCAAAGACUCCCACGCUGGACCCAUCUGGCUGAGAGGAGGCCUGAUCCUAUUUGCCAUUUUCAGCCUUGUCAUGGAUGUGUUCAAAAUAGGAUAUUACUCGAGCUUCUACAGUUGCCUGUCUGCGAUCAAAAUAAUCUACCCCAUUGUGCAAGCAAUAUUCGUGAUGGUCCAGACAUACUUCUUGUGGAUCUCUGCCAAGGACUGCGUCCACGUACACCUGAAUGUUACCAGGUGCGGCUUGAUGCUGACACUGACUACAAACUUAGCGGUGUGGAUGUCAGCAGUGACAGAUGAGUCUGUUCACAAAGCGCAUUCAAAGUUGAAGAAGAACGUGACAGAGGACAUCUUCAGAUGGCUCCUGAAAGCGGGAAUGAGAAGUAGCUCAGCUGAAGAAUGCAAUUGCAAUAGCCAAAUCUGCCAGAUCUUCAAGAAUGGCUACUUUUGGCUGUACCCCUUUAACAUUGAGUACAGUCUCUUUGCCUCUGCCAUGGUCUAUGUCAUGUGGAAGAACGUCGGACGCUUCAUAGACCACCACUCCCACCACAUUCACCGCCUGAAGUUCAGGCUCUUCCGAAGGACCUUCUUUGUAGGCAUUGUGUUGGGCCUCAUCAUUCUGGUGAGUGGUUUGGGAGUCCUCAUUCUUUAUGAGGUGCAGGUAAAUUCCAGCACUGAAUCCAGCAAGAAGAGCCAAGCACUCACCAUGUACUACAUCUUCAACAUUGUUUGUCUGGGCCUGAUGUCUCUUGUCUGCAUUGGUGGCUCUGUCAUCUACCGGUUUGACAAGAGAGACAUGGAUCGGCACAAGAACCCAACCAGGACCCUGGAUGUAGCCCUGCUGAUGGGUGCAGCCUUGGGGCAGUAUGCUAUUUCUUACUACUCCAUUGUGGCCAUUGUAGCCAGCACACCAAGGGACGCUAUCAGCGCACUCAACCUCACCUAUGCCCUCCUAAUGAUCGCCCAGCACACCUUCCAGAACAUCUUCAUUAUCGAAGGCCUUCAUCGGCAACCCCCCAAAGAAGACCAUAAGCACGAUUCUCACCAGAAGGAUCUUUAUGGACUCACCUUUGUCAACAUCAACGCAGUGUCCCUCCGUGUGCCCGACACUGGCAGCACCUUGGCUCCUAGCACCGCCUCUGGCACUGAAGCCAUCCAUCCUUCUGACCUCGUGCGGUCCCUCACCGCCCCCAAGAAGAUGAACUGGAGGAGGAAGUUCUUAAGGGAGAUCUCCAUGUUCCUCCUGCUGAGCAAUAUCAUACUCUGGAUCAUGCCAGCGUUUGGUGCCCGGCCCCAGUUUGACAAUGACACAGAACUGAACUUCUAUGGCGAUUCCAUGUGGCCGGCCAUCGUGGACAUUUGCCUGCCCUUUGGGAUCUUCUACCGAAUGCAUGCAGUGGCCAGUUUGCUGGAGGUCUACAUCAUGUCCUAA